UUCAGACCCCUCCUUUGUCCUGUCAGAGGGAUUUGUCCGUUUGUGCCUGCCGUAUGAUUGGCGCUUGAGUGGUAUACCUUGUCCCUUAGUUCCGAGAUGCCGUGACAAAGGAGCAGAGGGAGGCGCGUCUAAUGGGCGAGGUAUGUCCGGGCCACGGCCUGAGCUUCUCUGUCAGGAUGCGCACUGAAGUGUAGAGUAGCGAGACUAGGUUUGGGGGUUAUCCUGAUGGUUGCGAAGCGUAUGGUGUCGUUGGUUCCUGGGAAAAGGAUCGGGGAAGGGCGCGUGGCGGCUACGAUGGUCUGUAUGGUGCUGGUGCUGGUGCUGGGCCUUGGCGUGAGUGGAUCGCGUGUUGUUCUGUUGGACUUUUCUGCACAAUGGCGUCGCGGGCAGCGAUGUUUCCCCGGGGCACUUUUCCCCUGUGCCGCUGCCUCCCACCUCCCUUUCCGCCUCGACGCGGUCCGCCGCCGCCGCCCGCUCGCUCGCACCCCCUGUCCAUCCUCACCCGCUGCUCUGCGCCAGAGUUACACACGUCUGCCUCACCCGCCAAGCAAGGCACUAGCCCCUGCUGCACUGACUGCAUAGGUCAUACAUUGCUCACACAGCCCCUCGGCGCUUGUCCCCAAUCACUGUGAAAGCAGCUGCAGAUACUGCCUCCGAUACCUCACAUACCUUUUCCUCCCAUCUCCCUCCUCCCCUUCAUCCUCG